GUCUUCCCGAACUCUCAUCUGCACAGAGCCACGUCCGCGAGAGGACUGCGGUCUGGCUUUGGAGAAGUACCGCUCAUGACGAUCACGGCCUGAACGAACAUCACUACUCCUACGAUGUCUUCGCUAGACGCUGUUGCUGCUCCCUUGGAGAAGAGACCCGUCGAGGUCGAGCGAUCGACCGCUCCCUCAUCGGCUACUGCGACCUCUAGCAGGGGCUGGACUCAUGAGCUGCGGACCCUUGGACGGGGUAUACGAAGAGAUAUACGGGCCAGAGCCCCGUACUACUGGAGCGACUGGAAGGACGCAUACAAUUACCGCGUCAUACCUGCUACAGCGCUCAUAUUCUUCGCCAAUGUCCUCCCUGGCAUCGCCUUCUCCCUGGACCUCAUAGAGACCACGCAGAUGUACGGCGUAUCCGAGGUCCUCAUGUCCUCCUUCAUGGCCGCCUUCAUAUUCUCGGUCUUCGGCGCGCAGCCCCUCACUAUCGCCGGCGUGACUGGACCCAUCACUGUCUUUAACAAGACGAUAUACGACAUCAUCGAGAAGGAAGACAAUGCCCCAAACUACCUCCACUUCAUCGGCUGGGUAUACCUAUGGGCCGCAAUCAUCCACUGGAUAACUGCUAUACUUAAUUGGUGCAAUUUCCUCAAAUACGUCACCCUCUUCUCCUGCGACACCUUCGGCUUCUAUGUCUCCUGGGUCUACCUCCAAUACGGCAUCCAAGUCAUCACCCGACAGCUCUCCCAGUCCGCCGGCCCUGCAGACGCCGCCGGCCCCCUCGUCUCCAUCAUCGUCGCCCUCCUCAUGCUUGUCACCGCCUUCCUCUUCCAGUCCCUCUCGCAGAAAACCUUCUUCCAUCGCCAUGUCAGGCGCUUCCUCGCAGAUUAUGGGAUGCCCAUUUCCCUUGUUGCGUCGAGCGGCGUAGCGUAUUGGGGGAGGUUCAACGCCGCGAAUGCGCAGACGCUGCCUAUCAGCGGGGCCUUCCAGCCGGCUGGGGGGAGGGAGUGGCUGGUGAAAUUUUGGCAGCUGGAGGGGAAGUGGGUGGGGAUCGCGCUGCCCUUCGGCUUCAUCCUAUGGGUGCUGUUCUUUUUUGAUCACAAUGUGUCGUCCCUAAUGGCGCAGAGCUCGGACUUCCCCCUGCGCAAGCCGCCGGGGUUUCAUUGGGAUUUCUUCCUGCUCGGCGUGACGACGUUUAUCGCGGGCCUUCUGGGCUUGCCCGCGCCGAACGGCCUCAUCCCGCAGGCGCCGAUACACACGACGUCGCUGGUGGUGAUGGGCAAGAGGGAGAAGAGGGAUCCAGAGGCUACACCACCGGACCCCCACGAUGGGGCCGCUGCGCUACACGAGUACCCCAUCGGCGUCGUUGAGCAGCGCGUAUCGAAUCUGGCGCAGGGGUCUCUGUGUCUGGUGCUGCUGACGGGGCCGUUCUUGCAUUUGCUGAACCUGAUCCCGAGGGGGGUGCUGGCGGGGCUGUUCUGGUACAUGGGCGCCGACGCGCUGAACGGCAACGGCAUCACGCAGAAGCUCUACUACCUCAUCCAGGAUAGGAGGUUUAUCACGCCUUCCGAGCCUUUGCGCCGGGUGCGCAAGUCGCGCAUCGUGCUGUUUGUGGCGCUGCAGCUUGUCGGGUUUGGCGCGACGUUCGCGAUCACGCAGACGAUAGCUGCGAUUGGGUUUCCGGUGAUCAUCAUGCUGUUCAUACCGCUGCGGGUGCUAGUGGUCCCGCGACUGCCGUUCACGGAGGAAGAGCUGGCGAUAUUGGACGCGCCGACAGCGUCGCCCUUCACGAUGGAGUCUGUUGGCGGGACAUUAUAGAGCGGAAUCAUCGUCGCCGAGCCGCCGGUAUAGUCAGCUGUUUCUGUAUGCUACAUACGAAAAGGAUACGAGGACACCGGUGACCUAGAGCAGAACAUAAGCGCCCGUUAGAAGUGAC